AUGGCCACGGGAGGAAUCACAACACUUCCCGCUACACCUGAAGACGGCGGUAGCAGCGGCUUUCCUCCUGGGAACUUCAAGGACCCUAAAAGGCUGUAUUGUAAAAAUGGUGGCUUCUUCCUGAGGAUAAAAUCUGAUGGGGGAGUGGAUGGAAUCCGGGAGAAGAACGACCCCCACAUAAAGCUUCAACUCCAGGCGACCUCAGUGGGAGAAGUGGUCAUCAAAGGAAUGUGUGCAAACCGAUAUCUGGCAAUGAACAGAGACGGGCGACUGUUUGGAGCGAGGCGAGCAACUGAUGAGUGCUACUUCUUAGAGCGACUCGAGAGCAACAACUACAACACCUAUCGCUCCAGGAAGUACCCAAACAUGUACGUGGCGCUGAAGCGAACUGGCCAGUACAAGUCUGGAAGCAAAACCGGACCGGGUCAGAAGGCAAUCCUCUUUCUCCCCAUGUCUGCCAAGUGCUAAUCUGGGGUCAGACUGAGAGAUGCUGACGUCUGAACGAAAAGA